AUGUCCCUUUGGUGCGACGCAAAAAAAGAAGCUUCAGGAGAGCCCUUGCCUGGGGUUUGCGGUGACCGUCCAUCAGCAAGUUGUAGCUCGGGUGUAUCGGCAUGCAGCGACAGCAACAGCAGCAGCAGCAGCAGCAGCAGCAGCAGCAGCAGCAGCAGUGCAUGCAAGGGUGAGGGUGUUGGUGCCGAUGGAUCCGUUGGGCGUUGUUCCUCGUCUGCACUGGAAAUAUUUCUUCACGGUGCUCCUCUUCGUUGUGUUGAGGCUGUAGCUCGAUGCCUGGAUGUUUGUUCUUUUCUGAAUCUUUUAUCUCUGAAUUCUUCUCUUCUUACACUCUGCGACACCCCAGCUCUUCUCCCCUGCUGGACACACUUUGCGCUGCAUCAGCGCAUACUUCGUCAUGGGGAGAACGUGUUGCUCCCGCUCCUCUCUCCUACCUGUUCUCCUAUACUCAGCAGCAGCAGCAACAACAACACAAGCACCAAGAACAACGUGAACAGCAGCAGCGGCACCUACGGCAGCGGCAGCAGCGGCAGCGGCAGCGGCAGCAGCAGCAGCAGCAGCAGCAGCAGCAGUCGUAAAGGGAUAAAACAUGAGGAGACGAAGCAGGUUCGAUCGUGGCAGACAUUCAACAGACGUUUGCCUCAGGUCUCUCGCCCUGACUUGCUGCGUAUUGGUAGCCUGAACUCGAACUGGCGCUGCGGAAAUUUUGCUGCUGAGCAGAGAUAUAUUGUUCCUUACUCUGAGGCUAUUGAUAAAGCAUUUGUUCUUCCUUCUCCUCCUCUUGGCUCCUCCUCUACUUUUUAUUCUAUAGCCCCAGAUGCACCCCUCAGCCUGCAUGCACGGCCAUCUGUGGGGCUGCCUGCGAGCUUCAGUGCUGCUGGGGGAACUCAUCUAGCGGGGAGAUCUACAGAGCCAUCUCCGCUGUUUCUUGUUCUACCGAGCGGCCGUGUAUUUGUAGUGCAUGCAGCAGCAGCAGCUGCAGCAGCAGCAGCAGCAGCAGCAGUACGUGCUCUCCCUAGACGAUGCUGCGUUGAGGCAAAACUCCCUGUCCUCCCUCUCUCCAUACCAAGAGAUGCAGAGCCUCUUAUUCAGUUCGGUGCAUUCGCACCGAAAGGCUGGCUGCUAGGAGAGGACGAGCUGAGCCCGCUGCAGCCGCAGCCACAGCCGCAGCAGCAGCAGCAGCAGCAGCAGCAGACGCAGUAUUCUGCAGAUGCCUCUGCGGGCUCCUCUUUUGCGGGCGCUUGCUCGGGGCACCGCCUCCCCCAGUCGCAACGCAGGCGGCAGCAGCGGCUGCAGCGGCAGCAGCAGCAACAUAGAUUGCAUAUAAGCUGGGCUCAUCUAUCGUCGCAUCCUCUGUACCCUUGUCUUGGGGAUAGCAUGCGUGAUGAGGGCCCCCAAAGAGGGGCCCCCCUCGACAGCUCUCUGGGCAUCUUGCCGCCGGUCUCCUCUGUGUCGGCCUGCAACAGCAAACCCUCCCAACUCCCCCGUAGCAGCAGCAGCAGUAGCAGCAACAGUAGCAGCAGCAGCAGCAGCAGCAGCAGCAGCAGCCAUAACGCACAAAACGCUAACAGUGGCAUCGGGUACUGCCCUCAGGUUCGUGUGCUGUCUCUUUGUCUCCCCCCAAUAAAAAUCGAGCCACCACCAGGGGUUCAGCAUUCUCCAUGCCCCCAUGAAGAUUCCGCAGCAGCAGCAGAAGGUGCAGCAGCAGCAGCAGAAGCUGCAGCAGAAGCAGCAGCAGCAGCAGCAGCAGAAAGCUUGGGCGCAGAAGAUAUUGUGGGUGAAAACAAUGAAACAGAUAUCCCUUCGCCGAACGGGCAUGCUGCUUUGGAUAGUUGUGCUGAAGCAAUUGCUGCUGUUCUUGGUGGUGUUCCUUUUGAUCCUUUUGCUGCUGCUGCAGCACGGAUGAGAUGCUCAAGUCAGCCAAAUGCCGUCUGUGGUAUAAAGAAAAAAGACAGGCAGCAGCAGCGCCGAGGGGGACAGCACCGAGCGAUGGGGGGCCCCCGAAGGGGAAUGGGGGGCCCCAGACGGGCGGAGGAGAGCAGCAAGCUGGAACACAGACAGGGGAAGAGGAACAACAGCAGCAGCAGCAAACGGGGCAUCCCUGCAACAGCAGCCAUUCAGCAGCAGGUGUGGGCCCACAGCAGCAAGUUCAACAGGACUCUGUACCGCCUAGCAGCAGCAGCAGCAGCAGCAGCAGCAGCAGCGGCAGGAGAGCCAAGGCUAUCAGCUUCUCGCUGCAGCAGCUGCCUCUGGCUGUCUUUGUGGGGAUUGUUGCUGUGGGCACCUCUCACGGCCGCAUCCUCUGCACGCCUCCUCCCCGGUGUCUCGUCCGUCGCUGCUACUGUUGCGGCAGCUGUCUGGCUGGGAUUCGAGGCAAAGCAGCAGCAACAGCGACCACAGCAGCAGCAGCAACAGCAGCUGCAGGAUCAAAAGCACCUGCGCAAGCUGUACAGACACAGCGACUGGAGGAGACCCGACAGCAAAACACCCAUCUCAAUAACGGCAGCAGCAGCAGCAGUAGCAGCAGCAGCAAUGACGCAAACAACAGCAUUGGAGGGAGUAGCAGCAACAGCAACGGCAACAACAACAGCCAUAACAACAGUAGCAACAGCAGCAGCAGCAGCAGCGCCAGCAUCAAUAUUGACGGCAGCAGUAGUAGCAGCAGUAGUAACAGCAAGCAGCAGCAGCGCCAGCAUCAAUAUUGACGGCAGCAGUAGUAGCAGCAGUAGUAACAGCAGUAGUAGCAGCUCCCGGGUACCCUGUCCCGCUGUGACUGCACGGCGAGCAGCUCGAGGGGUUUCCUUCAUGGAGGUCGGCAGCUUCGGGGCAGACAGCGGAGCCGUAGAUUAUGUAGAGUUGGUUAGAGGGACCCCUUGGGCCUCCCGCUCUUCCCAGCAGCAGCAGCAGCAGCAGCAGCAGCAGCCUGACCUCCUUGUCCCCACCCAACAGACAGAUUUCUCAUGGCAUUGGACUAGGGCCCCUACUGCUGCAGCAGAGGCACGCAACCAAGAUGCCUCAGGGGCCCCGGGGGCCCCCAUGCUGAAGCAGGGGGCUCCGGGCGGGGUGCGCACCUGUGGAGGGGUGGAGGCGGAGGCUCUUUGGCUGUUUGCAUGCAGCCAGGAAGUGGGUAUGAAGGUGUUUAGGUUUAUAUGGAGUGUAGAGAAGACUUCUUCUGGGGAAGGUCCAUCAGAUGUUCAUGGGUUUAUGGGGCAGUGGCGAUGCGUGCUGACGAUACGCGGGAGGUUUCAGCUGGUGUCGUUGGACUUGAACAACGGCAUGUUAGCUGUCUGUACACCCCGAGAUUCGAGAGUUUGCUUCGUAUACUUCAGUCAUCUUCUGCCUGCUCAUAUUUUCGUCUCCCCUACGGCAGAAACCCCCGUGGUGGCCGCUGAGGAUCUGUGUAGGUUUGGUCGCUAUGGGUUACCGCGGCCGCAGCACGUGCCCUUGGGGGGUUAUUUGCCGGUGGCGCAGCAGCAGUUUGCUGCUAUGCUGCUGUCACCUAAGGAGUGCUCACGCCUGGAGUUGCUGGUGGCGAGGCGACCUUCGUUCUUGCAGCCAUUGGGGGGCCGACGGUGGGUGGUAGUGGAUGGGUCUGUGAUUCGGGUGGUACAGAUGAAGAUUCGAGAUGCAUCAACAGGAGAAAAACCAACAGGAACAACAAAAACCACACAGAGAAAACACCGAAGCACAGCUGACCAGGAACGCAUGCAUGCAACACUGAUAGGAUCUUCUCUGGAUCAGCUACGGCAAAUGCGGCAGCCGUUUUCGCAGCAACCAGAGUCCUGGUGUAUUCUUCCCCCUUCUCGUCCGGAGUUGCAAUCUAUGCGACUGUGCGUGUUCUCUCAUCCUCGCUCAAUAUAUCAAUGUGCAUUUGAUGGGGUAAGACGAUUGGUUACUAUUGACCUGCAGGAGCUGUUGAUGGUCUGGGAUCUUCAACGAUAUGCAAAACUCUUUGGGGUGGAUCUGAUGGCAAGGGGUGAUAGACAUAGUGCUGCGCUUUCAGAUAGCCAGGAAGAAGAUGAAUACGAUGUAAAUUCAGAACGUAUCUGUCUCAACAAAGAUCAACUCGAUACAGAUUCAGAACGUGAACCCCUAGCACGCAAUCUCACCAGAAGAGGUGGAAAUACAGCGGGAGACCUACCCGGAAACGGCACUAAGGGGGCCAGAAAGGCCGGCAAGAUGAGUCUUAAGAAACAAUUCGGCAGUGGAUGGAUGCAGAGACAGCUGCAAGCACACACCAAGACCAGAAAACAUCAUGCAGCGCAUGCAGUCCAUGCAUCUCAUGCAGCACAUGCGGCACAUGCAACGCAUGCAUCCCGUGCAUCGCCGAUCGCGCUUUCAACGCCAGCCGUAUUUCCUCCGGAGGCACAGGGCAGUCAGGGUCGGGGGCAGGAGGGAAGUGGAGCGCUAGUAGGCGGCAUCUGGUUUAAUGCGAGCUCGCUGGAGCCUGCAAUGCAGCUGCAGCAGCUCUAUGACGCACAGAAGGAAGCAAGUGGACAGACCAGAUCGAAUGGAAAUCACAGCGACGCACCGUCGCAGCAGCAGAACCAGGAGCACCAACAGCAGCAACAACAGCAGCAAGCGGAAGCUGGGGAAUGCAGCGAAAAUCUGCCUGCAGACGCUGACGCAAAUCACGUGCUGGAUAGAAGCGAUAACGGGGGGGCCUUGUCCCGGGCAAGGCGGGGUUCAGUAACAGCGGGGACCCCUCCUCCUGAGCUCGCGAGAGAGCAGGAGCGACCCCCCGUGGGGCCUCCUGGAGCAGCAACGGAGGGAGAGGCUGACCCGGAUGCUGCAUCAGCAGUAGCUGUGUGCUACGCAGACGAGUUUCCUCCUCUUGCUUCUCCCUUUUCCCUUGAAAAUGGGACUAACGGGAGAAGAAGAGAUCCACAGAUUCCCAACUCCAUGAGGCCUUCCCCUCUGCCUCCAACGCGGAGGGCUCCGACUCUACCAGUUUGCAGAUCCUCUCCUGCUGCUGCCCGUACCAGCACAGCUGAUGACGCUCAACCCAGUGAUGACAAUGCGACUGCAGCGAGGGGCGCCGGGGGCCCCUCGACGGCUCCCAGAAGGAGGACGGCUCCUUCCAGCAGGCAGCCGUCGUCCUCUGAAGAAGAAUCGAGGCAGCCCCACUCACAGCGUGAGCUACAACGGAGUACCCAAGCCGUCGAUAGCGGGACCAGACCAAGUUUUGCUGCUGUCGUUGCAGCAGGGGCCCCUGCCACGGGACCUACCUGCCCACGCACAGGGUGGGCUUCGGGUCCCACAGACAUUUCUUUCCUCGUUAGUUUGGUGGGGGAAGAGGGGGCCAGGGCACUACACGUGGAAGCAGCCACACUUGGCAUAACUCCUGAGGAGCUGUACAUACUGCAGGUGGAACAAUGGGAUGAUAUGCAGAGGACAGCCCAUAGAGGAACUCGCGUGCGCAGCAACCGUGGCGGUCAAAACGGCACAAAGGGAGCCGACUUGCUCACAAACUCAAGCGGUGAAGACAUUAGGGCGUCCAGUUCGUCUUCCACAACUCAUAUGCAUCAGGUUUCUUCCCCGCGUGCUUCAGCCAAAGACAAGCAGCAACACCCCAAAGCAGCAGUUGCUGCAGCAGCUGCUGCAGCGGCCGGCACAACUCUGUUUCCUGCCUCUGAUGCUGACUCUUCCAGGGCUUCCCCGAUCUUAGGGUCCCCAGCUGUGGCGGCGGCGGCAAACUCACUCCAAGUGCCUUCCGUCGAUGAGCCAUCGCUGGCUGCCUCUCCGCGCCUGCAGCCUCUGCCUGGACCAUUGGCGAACAGCACAGGGUGCAAUACAAACAGUAGGAUGGUGGGGCUUCUGGGGAGGCAGCGGUAUAUAGCGCAGUUGGGCCCGAACGCCCAGCGGCGGCACGUAGCAGCAGUGUGCGUCAGCGAGACCUGCUUGGCGCUGUUGUUUAAGAACUUGAAGACUUGGCAGAUUUGGACAUUUGCCCCCACUGGCUCAGCAACUGCACGGGGCACGGAGGCGGCGACGGAGCGACAUUCGUAG